AGUGAACAUUUGUGGUUGUGUCCGCUGGUUUCUCAGUGACUCAGUUCUCACCCUGUCCGAUAUUAUUUUUAUUCCGAUAACUUCCACAAAGUACAAACUGGAUUUUUAACUCUCGGCUCCGUCGUUUCGUUGAUGUGGACGAGCCGGAUGCCGUUUAAUAAUUAACAGAUAUUUUACAUUCCCAGGGGUUUUGUUUUGUUUCGCCGUUUUUUCCCUCUUUCUCUCUCCUAUUUAUUGUUUGAAUACUUCUUCUUAACCCCCCCCCCUUGUCAUAAGCCCCGAGAUAAUCAACUAUAUUGAUUUCCUUUGUAAUUUUUAUCGGCAUUUCUCUUUGUUGUCUAUUGUUUGAUUAUAAUUAAACACCUCUGAUUGAAUGGCUACAAAGGGUGCAUCAAUGGUUUUUAAUAAACAUAUAAAUGACUCCAACCAUUUUUACGAUACACCAGUUUAUCCUUCCAUUAUGCCUCAAUUAAAAGAAGAGGCAGGUGAAAAUAAGGUUUCAGAAUCUCCGCCAAAUAGCAGCCAUGACCAGAGGAAAGACUCCAACAAACUUAGGAGGAGUCGUUCCCCUGGAGCAAGAAAAAAUGGAUUUUCAGAAUUGGAGCCGAAAGCCAAAAAAAUGAGAAAAAAUGGUUCGCACACACCAUUGGCAAUUUUAAAUGAACUGAGGUCAGGACUUCAAUACAAAAUCGUCUCCUCUGAUGGACCACCGCACAGUCCAAAUUUUCUUGCUUCUGUUGAGGUCGAUGGAAUUGUGUUCAGUGGAAGCGCCAAUGCAAAAAAGCAAGCAAAACAACGCGCAGCGGAAGCUGCUUUGCUUACCCUUUGCCCGUCAUUGUUGACACCUGCUGAUAACAUAGAUUUCACUAAAGAUUCUGCAUCCCAUGAUAAAACACCAGCUCAGUUGCUUCCCAAAAAACUUAAAAUGGAGACUUUAAUAGCGAAGGCGAUGUCUGGAGCCGUGAACCCAGUAAUGGCUUUAAACGAAUUCAUUCCAGGCCUGAAAUACGAGUGUCUUAUUGAGAACUCGCAAAAGUUCGUUUCACCGUUUGUAUUCGGUGUGACUGUUGAUAACACAACGUUUCAAGGUUCCGGAAACAGCAAAAAGAAUGCAAAAGCUGCUGCAGCCCGGUCGGUGUUGCUGACAAAAUUCUCGCAUCUCUGUACUUCUGCUCUGAACGAGACGCCACCAUUUGGACAGAACAAUUUCGCGCAGAAUGGACCAAUGUCCCUACAGCCCAUCGCAGCCAAUAAAAUUGUCGAGAUUGUCCUCGAACACUACUACGAUCUGAUGGCCAACCACCAAGAUUACGCCAAAAGAAAGGUUUUGGCCGGCGUUCUCAUGUCGACGGAGGAGGAUCUAAGCGACAUACAGAUGAUCUCAUUGGGCACCGGGACAAAAUGUGUCGGGGGCGAGCACAUCAGCGUGAAAGGCGCUGUGCUUAACGAUUGUCACGCUGAAAUUAUCGCAAGGCGAGGCCUCAUACGUUUCUUCUAUAAGCAACUUCUCUUACACACAGAUCCAGCUACUGCUGAGAGUUCAAUUUUUGAGAGAAGUGACACUUCUGGUUUUCGCUUGAAACCUCAAUUUAAGUUUCAUUUGUACAUUAGCACUUCACCCUGCGGCGAUGCGAGGAUUUUCUCUCCUCACGAUUCUGACAGCCAGAAUGAAGAGGCCGUUGACAGGCAUCCAAACCGUCAGUCGAGAGGCCAGUUGAGAACUAAAAUUGAAUCUGGGGAAGGGACGAUUCCAGUAAAAUCCGCCAAUUCUAUCCAGACUUGGGACGGAGUGAUGCAGGGAGAAAGACUCCUGACGAUGUCAUGCUCAGAUAAGAUUGCUAAGUGGAAUGUGGUCGGACUGCAAGGCUCCCUCCUCUCGCAUUUCUUGGAACCUGUGUACCUACACAGCCUAGUCGUUGGCUCUCUAUUCCAUCCAUCCCAUCUGAGAAGGGCUUUAUAUCAAAGGAUUGAAAACACACUUGUGGGUCUCCCUCCACCUUUCCGUCUCAAUAAACUCAAGCUAAAUACUACAAGCUCCCCAGAAGCUAGGCAUAUUGGAAAAGCUCCGAGCCACAGCGUGAAUUGGAUAAUUGAUGAUGGACCAAUUGAGGUUGUUAAUACUAUGACUGGGAAGUGCAUAUCCGGCAGCGUUUCCCGUUUGUGCAAGCAGAAAUUCUACCACCUCUUCCGCACACUUGUUGACUUUCAACUCCCAACCAGGUCAGGAGUGGCGGAUAUGCCUGACAUUUACCUGGAUGCCAAAUAUGCUGAGGUGACAUAUAGGGAAGCCAAGAUCCAGAUGGUCCAAGCAUUUCAGAAAGCAAACCUCGGAACUUGGAUGAAAAAACCAAUCGAACAGGAUCAGUUCGAACUUGAUGGAACUGUCAACCCACAACUGAAUCUAUAGCAAAAGAAUCUUCCUGCAAUUAGAUUUAAGAAAACACUGAAAAAAAAGAAAAAAGGGAAAAAGUAAAUAUUUUACAAGCAUCAAAUAAAACAAAAUAGCUUGAAUAAAUGCAAAACUUCUUGUUUUUAACUAAAAAAAAAUAAAAUAAAAUAAACAUUUUUUGUUUAUAAGACAGUUGAUUUUAUUUUUAAUUUUCUAAUAUACAUUCUUUCUUUUUUUUAAAUUACCAAAUUAUGUAUGUAUGUAUAUUUUUGGGAAAUUAAAUUGAGUUUGUUUUUUGUCUAAAACUCUUCAAGUAAUCAAUCAGUACAAAAAUAAACGUUUUAGUACCAAAUGUAUUUAUAUUUUCUAUGUAUAUUUAAAAAAAAAAGAGUAAUGAAAAAAAGUUGACAAGAUUGUGACACUUUUUAAAUAGUGCACUGGGUUGUAAGAAAAUGAAAAUGGUCUUUCGCAACAGUUUUUGGUUUAUUAUCAAUACUUAAAAUAAUUGGUGUUAAAGUGUUAAGUGAAAUGUGUCUUUUAGAACAUAAAAGGAAGUAAGUUACCAAAACUUAUCUUGAUCUGUAAGCCCUUUCGAGGGAUUCUUGUAGGCAUAGGCGAUGAUACUUUUAAAUGUUAGUACUUUAAUUUAAACCCACAAGUAUUGCCAUUGUUGAACUUUUUCAAUUAUAAAUUUGAAGUAGUUACGGUAAUUAUGAGUUGUAUCAACUAACUUGUCAUUUACUUAAAAUCGGACAUAUUGUUUACAGUCAAUUUACUAAUUUGUUUUUUCAGACAUCAAACAGUAGAACAUAUUUGUCAUUGUAGCGUAAUAAAAUAAAAGUAGAUUUGUUUAACAUUAGAGAAACGUAGUCAUUUUUAAAAUUAUAGUAUUAACAGUAUAAAGAAUUUCCUUCUCUUAAACUGUAAUAAUAUAAAUUGAUGUUUCCAUUUAUAAAUUGUAACGAUUAUGUAAGAUAUGAAUAUUUUCUCAAAAUUUUAAGCCCUUUUUCUUUUUUUACUUUUCACUGACCACAUUGAAAAAUAUAUCUGUAUUAUCAUCUAUUGCGCCCAAUAAAUAUGUCUGAUUUUUAUCUAGGCCUUUCAGGAUUUUUUUACCAAGGACAAAACAGGUCACCACGAAGCUCUAUUUGAAGGCUCAUUGUCAACUUUCUUCAGACUAUUUGCCAUUUGGAACGAUUAUCCUUCUUGUAUAAUCGUUACAAAAUGUAUGUUAAAAACUACAGCAUUUGAUUUUACAUUUAAUUUUUCAAUUGGUCAAAGUUGUUUUAAGCGAAUAGUACAAAAAUACUUUAAAAGGAACCUUUUCAAGCACAAUAUUAAAUACAAUAAAGUGGUUUAUUUAAAAUAAUAAA